AUGGCCAAGUCCAAAGCUGCCAAGCGCAAGCGCAAUGCGCAAAUUGACGUCCCGCAGAAAGCCCCCAAGGCUUCCAUUCCCACACCACCCCCCGAUAGCGCGGAGCCCACACAUUUGAACGAAAUCAUAUCAGACGAAGAACUCAACACAACCAUCGAAGCCCUCACGGCUUUGUCGCAAUAUCCUAACCUGACCAAGUCGAAGGCAUGCAAGGAUAUUCGAGUGGCAGUGUACGAGUUCCGUCAGGCCUGCACCACCGGGGUGAACACAGCUGAUGGCGCAAACUUGACCGCACGUAUUACCGGAGCGCUCGUGGACGAAAAAUAUGUCGACGCUCGGAUUCUUUUGGCGGAAAUGCGAAUCCGGCGCGAGCAGCCGAAAAUUGGAGCCUUGUGUCGCUGGGUGCGGGAUCUUGAUGUCGUGAGUGGGCUGUCUACGAAGCCCAAGGACAACGAGAAUGCCCUCGUUCAACGGACUCCCAGGGAGUUGGAAAUUUUGGGCGUUUUGGACGCCAUCCUCCGUGUGAGCACUUCAAUUGAUACCAGUCCGAAUGCCGUCUUGUCGACAGCCCCCAUUGCCUUCCAGCCCAUCUGGGACCUGCGCCCUUCGACCACCUCUCUGCCGAUCUACCAAUCAGUCUUGGAUAAAUCAAUUUUGGAAUAUGCACCGAAAUCGCCCUCCGACGUGCGCGUGAUCGAGCGUACACCUGGUCCGUUGCGCAAGCCCCCAAACCACCACGACGCCAUCCUCUACACUACAGCCUCGAAUGCGGUCCCCCUCACCCCCACAAAACCCGAAAUCACAUACCAUCCCCAUCCCGCCGUACCGGGCCUGGGCCUCGCCAUGAACGUCCUCUCCCCCGAUGAAUGUAGAUCCAUCAUCGCCGCCGGUGAAUCAGUGGAGUUCCUGCCCGACGCGCCUCUCCGCGAGGAUGGAGACGUGAGCAUUCUCGCUCACAACUUCUACUGGGUCAUCGAUACCACGUUCCACGAUUUGCUGUGGGACCGAAUUUCACCAUUCGUGCCGCAGUCAAUCGAGGGUCGCCCCGUGCGAGGCAUCAACCGGCGCUUCCGGGUUUACCGGUAUGUCCCGGGAGCCGAGUAUCGAUGCCACAUCGACGGGGCGUGGCCACCAUCUGGCAUUUUGCCAGAUGACACGUACGUGUAUGACUCUUCGCCCGAGGACAACAAGCAGAGCUCCAUGUACACGUUCCUGCUCUACCUCAACGAUGAGUUCGAAGGUGGCGAAACCACCUUCUUCAUGCCGGCUGCUCGCGAGGGAACUCUCAACGGCUAUCCCGUGCGCCCGGUGAUGGGGUCUGUUGCGAUCUUCCCGCACGGGGAGUCCAAUGGGGCUUUAUUGCAUGAAGGCACUGGAGUCACGAAGGGUGCUAAGUAUAUCAUUAGAACAGACGUAGAAUAUGGCACGAAACUGUACCAUCUGUGCGCUUCCUUCAGGAAUGCCAAGGGUGAAAUAGUCGAAAAACUUCUGCGUGUGAAGAACUACUGGAUGAGAGCAGAAGUCCAAUUAGGCGUGGUGCGAGAGGUGGCCGACGAGCUCAGUGAAAAACAUCGCAUCCUGGUACAUGAGACCAUUGCAAUGCUCGCGACCAAGCUCGAGGUUUCGGUCCAAAAUGUCGAGUCCAUCAUCAAGAACUCUGGAUCCGGAGAGGAAGCCAAAGUGCACCGACUGAAGUAUGCCUUCACCAAAGAAAAGAUCGACAAGGCAGUUGAAGAUUUGAAAGAAUGGCAGGCACUAUUUGAUCCCUCGUGGUACUUGAUUAUGAAAAUUGCACGCCCGCACGUUGACUCCGAACUGAAGGCUCACAGCAAGAGCUCUGACAUGGAAUACAAAGAUCCAAUCUCUCCUGCUCAGUCUAUCAGAACUGCGUUGAAGACAGAGGGAGGCCACCCACUUCGAUUCCCCACGGAGUUUCUCGACUCCAUCAACCUCCAGAAAAUUCCUUACUGCUCAGCAAAAGUAGGUCGAAGACCCGGCCACCAUCAAUCACUGAUUGUGGAAUCGAUUGAGCCAAUACACGGUGCAAAUAUCAACGGUCUGAAAAGAGAUGUACGGGAUCUUGCCAGAAGGCUUUCCACCUCAAAUGCUGUGGAAUUCGGCCUCUUCAACUGCAAAGGAUAUGUCUCACCUCACAAAUCAGAAUUCCCACGGACCACUCCAUAUGAAUUGUCAAUCAUAUUCCGAGUACCAAUGACGGAAUCCGAACCCCGGACACUUCGCAACUGCCUGGUGAAUAUGAGUUCUACGGAAUCCCUAUCCGACAGAUUCAAUCUCGCCAGCGAGCUUGCUCGAGCCAUUCACUCCGUCCAUCUAUUUGGCUUCGUGCACAAGAACAUCCGACCUGAAAGCAUCCUACUGCUAGGAAACGAUGAGUCGUCAAUCGGCUCCGCAUUCCUGAUUGGAUUUGAUAGCUUCCGAAUGGCGUCUGGCAAAACAUUGCGCAGGGGCGAAGCCUCUUGGGAACGCUGUUUAUACCAGCACCCUGAUCGCAUCGGAACUGUAUCCUCUGAAGAUUAUAUCAUGCAGCACGAUAUUUACAGCCUUGGCGUUUGCCUGCUGGAGUUGGGACUGUGGGAAUCAUUCGUGUCAUACCCAGAUGAUCAGUGGAUUUCCGGUAACCAGGAGUCAUCGAGCGAGCAUGUGUUUGGGUCUAGUCAAGGCUUGCUUUUCCAAGAGCGGUUGUUGCAGUUGGCGCGAGGUGAGCUCCGGCGUAGGAUGGGGACCAGGUAUUCGGAUGUUGUUGUUACCUGCUUGACUUGUUUGGAUGCUGGAAAUGUCGACUUUGGCGAGGAGGCGGACUUCGAAGAUGAGGAUGGUAUUGAAGUGGGUGUUCGAUAUAUUGAGAAGGUAUGUUUCCCAAGUUUAACAACAUUGGAAGGAUACAGAUUGAAUGUCACUAACGCACAAUGGGAAAAAGGUGAUCAUGCGACUUAA